CAAUUCCAAGACCCGCUUCCUUUGUUUCUCUGGAAGCUCGCUCCUGCGAUCUGACUAGACGCGGCAAUAUCGAGCAAUCGGCAAUCUCUACUCUCGUUUUAUUCAACAAUGCCUGACCCUAAAUCUGCAGUCAGUUUUGAUGCGAUUAUACAGGCCGACCGUCAGAGGAAGAAGAAUGAAGCCUUGGCCAACGAGAUUUUUGGCAGAAGCAAGCAGAACAAGGCCGACACGAGAAAUCCAAGCAGGGCAUCGAUCAGAACGCCUGAUCUUGCAAGCAGAAUCACAAAGCGUUCCUCCUCAAUUGCAAGCACCAACUCUGCGAGAAACACGCCCUCCAGACCAUCCUCAACCACCCCUCAGAAUGCUCGGGCUUCACGACUUGUCGCUGCGCUCGAGUCCCCUCACGCCAACAUAAUAACGCCACCACGCCAACCAAAAGGUCAGGGUCUCAGCAUAAAAGGCAAAGCGGGACCUUUCACGGUCGAAGCGAGCAAUUUUGCCCCAGGAACAACAGCCGCGGAUAUCGAGUCAGCUCUGCAAAGCGAGACUGUGGACGACAAUGGCGCAAGCUGGAUGUUGUCGUGUCGCAUCAUAUCGACGAGUCCCACAGUGGUUGCUGAGAUGGUCUUCUCCGAAAGACACGUUGCAGAUAGAGUCAUUUCGACAUACAACAAUCAAAGAGCAGAUGGCAGAAUCUUGCACCUCUACCUAAAACAGACAGGCUCCGGCCCUACGCCGCUACCGAUAUCCAGCGACGCAAUCACCACUUCGGUAUCCGAGCCUACGGCCUCGAACGAGCCUGUCAAUGAUGGCGCUAUGGAGGAUGUUGAGUUGGUAAACGAGGCGCCUACAACACAGGAUGGCCAGGACCGGCGAUCUAGGAGGCCCGAGACUGACAGCCGAGACGAACGACGUGACGACUAUGCCGACAGAAGAGACGAUACCCGUCGAGACAGAGACCGGGAGCGGGAUUAUGACAGAGACCGAGACCGAGAAAGAGAGCGCUACGUGCGUCGCGAUGACCGACCAUCAGGCUCAUACCGCGGUGGCAGCAGCUACAACUCACGACCAUCACAUUACGGUAAUGGUGUGGGCGGUCCAGGACCAGGCGCCUUUGGCGGAUCGGGUUCGUAUCCUCGUGGCGGCGGAAGAAUGUAUAGCGAUGACAUGAUGCGCGGUGGUCGUCGAGGAGGAGGCUUUGGGCCUGGGUAUAGGAGAGGCUAUUAGUGAUUGCUGAUCCUAGCCAUGGGCUUGAACCCCGCUUCGACCUGCCUGCCGGGGGUUUUGUGAUCUUCUGGUCAAGAAAUAGGAGCGAUAAUCUCGGUCCUCCUGUACGAUAGCAGGACGUCAGGGUAUGGCCUUUCUCAAAAGUUCUUGAAAUGGAAUGCUUAGCAAUUGCCACUUGUGCAUGCAUAUCCAGCAAUACCAGCCAGACCACGAAAGCCUGAGCCUCCUCUUGAUUACGAAAUCCAUGUACCAUCGAGAUGGAAAUGCCUCUAAACAAAGCUGGUUUCGUACUCAGCUUCAGGCGCUGAUAUCAAAUUUGCGAUAGAAAGCUCGCAUCAGGCACCCUCAAUCAGAUCCAAU